AUGCCUGCUGCAUCUGGCUAUGUUGCUGUACCUCGCUGUCCGGUGAUUUUCGAUGGUACUAACUACACCGAGUUUACUGGCUUUAUGCGCAUUCACAUGCGUGGCAUCCGUCUUUGGGGUGUUCUUUCUGGCGAGGUCUGCUGUCCGCCACGUCCAGUUCCUCCGGUGGCCCCUACUCCGCCAACUCCAUCGGUUCUUCCUACGGAUGCUAAUCAGGCCGCCAAGGAUGCGGCUAAGGUUGCUGAUGAGGCUGCUGAUCGUGCUUAUGAUGAGAGGGUUUUGGCUUAUGAGGAGGCUCUUCAGACAUAUCAUGCUGUUCUCACUGCUAGUGUUCUGCCUCAGUUUGCUUCUGAAUUUCUGGGUCUUUCUACUGUCUUUGAGAUGUGGACCCAUCUUCGUGAGCGCUAUCAGCCCUCUGGUGAUGCCUUAUACCUCUCUGUGAUCCGUCAGGAGCAUGCUCUUCAGCAGGGUGACUCUACUGUUGAUGACUUCUAUGCACAGAGUUCUGCUAUCUGGCGCCAGCUUGAUUCUCUCCGUAGUGCUGGGUGUCGUACCUGCCCCUGUUGCCAGGCUGUCCAGGCCAAUUUGGAGUUUCAUCGCGUCUAUGAGUUCCUGUCUCGGCUCCGUAAGGAGUUUGAGCCCCGGCGUGCUCAGUUGUUUGCUCGUGGCCGUAUUUCUCUCAUGGAGGCGCUUUCUGAGAUUCGUGCUGAGGAGACUCGCUUACGUGGUGCUGGUUUGCUGGAGGUUCCCUCUGUGCUCGCUACUCGUGCUCCUACGCCACCUGCUCCACCGAUCCCUUCUCGCUCGAGUGCUCCGCCGCUCUUGCCCACUCCUUCUGGAGGCUCAGGUCGCCCCCGUCCACAUUGCGCCUAUUGCAACAAUGAUGGUCAUCUUGAGUCUCAGUGCUACACGAAGAAGAAACACCUGCGCAAGGCUCGAUCAUCAUCUUCAGGGACUUCGUCCUCUACCUCGACAGCUUCAGCCAUUGCUUUGACUGAGCAGGAUAUUCUGAGACUUAAGCGUCUGCUCGCGGCUUCAGGUUCUUCCUCGACGGGUACUGCCGGUUCUGUGACUGAUGCUUCCCGCACUGAGCAAUCACCCUCUACACAGUCAGGACCGUCACACGCACACUCUGGUUGGGGCUGGCCCUCGCCGCCGUGAUUCUCAGGGUCUUUGGGAGUUGGACUGGCUUCAUGUUCCUUCUGCUGCCACCACCAUUGCCAGUUCUUCCGCUUCUGUCGCCUCCAU